CUACGCUGCUGCUUGUCUCGACGCUGGUGUGAAGCGAAGCAUCCAGCUCGACUGCAUUCCUCCUCUGUCUCGACAGCCUGAACGAGACACGGGAAGGAAGGAAGAAAGGAAGGAAGACAAGAAAACUCGAACCAUCUCCCACCACUUUUCAGUUGGAUAUUUUUAUAAACCCAGAGUGGACUCACACGGAGACCGGUGACCAAAUAUGGCCGCGACUAAAUAAGCAUGUCGGGGACUGGUUGGUGGACUUUUGGACCUUAGAGCAGCGUUAAACAACAAAAAACGUCUAUUUUGUCUCCGGGCUUCCGUGGUGAACGUCCACUAAAAGACGAGAAGCUUCGGUGAAACAACCUUCAAGCUUUCCACGGUGGAUGUUUUCUGUGUGGUGUUGUUUUAAUAACAAGAUGGCUGAUGACAGCUAGCCCUAACAAGGACAGCAGCAAAGAGAGCUAGGGGAGCGACAUCCCCUUUAAUAAAUCUCCCCGGCGUGUAUAUUUUUGUAUUUUAAGCCGAAUAUCACUGCUUUUGAGGUAGCACUAGCAACAAUAAUGCCUUUGGUGGCGGCUAGCUAGGCUUGCGGGGAAAGUGCGUGUUAACGCGUACCUGUGCCGAGGCUACAAAAUGGUGAGGUGAGUCUCCUUCCAUGAUUUGAAUCGAGAUAAGGAAGUGGAUCAAAUAUGUUGUUGGCUGAAGGCGGCGGCGAGACUAUGCCAACAAGCUGGACACCCAAAGUAGGGAUUUAAAUUUGGAAAAAAUAAAUCAUCUUCUAGGUGGUGGUGGGGGAGGCUUAUUUGAUCGAUGUGUCGAGGGGGCCGACAUUCCUGCGGAUCGUUUUAAAAACCCUUUUUGUUUGGCUUAGCCCAGUUAGCUUCAUUCCGCCAUUAAAGACAGCAGCGAUGCAGAGAAACAGUAUGAUUUGAUGAUUUGGCGAUAUAAUACGAUUAGAAGGCCUUUUGUUGUCGAGUAGAAAGUGCCAGAAAGAGCCGCGGCCUUCUCUCUCUCUCGCUCGCUCGCUCUGUGUGUGUGUGUGUAAUAUGUAUAGAUACGUGUGUGUAGAUUAUUAUUAUUCAGCUCACGGAAAUGGCGUUUUCACGUCAAAUUGAAGCCUCCCAGGCGACUGCGUCGUUAAUCCGACGUGUGCGAGCUUGUUCUGGGGCUGUGGUGGAUUCACGGCGGCUCUAAUAACAGAACCGAACCUUCAGUGCGGGUCAUAUUGUGGUUCUUUUUUGGUUUAAAACGCGGAACAUUGAAUCAGGUUUCUAUAUUUGUAUGUGUGGUAAAUCAGGGUGUGGGCCUGUGUGGUUUACUUCAAGGUCCGAACCGGUCCAGGCUAAUAAAUAAUCGUCAUUAAAGAGAGUGACGAGCUGAGCAGAUUGUUUCAACUGCCUGCUGCUCAUUUGCAUAUUAGUUCUUUGCUUGUUUAGUUAUCUGUGCCUUGUUUGAAUUCCAAGGUUUACCUGGAGCUGACAGCAGGCUUGUAGCUUCCUGUAGGCCACACAAACGCACAUACACGCACACACAGGCCCUGGAGUGUGUGUCAUUGUAGGGAAGCUGCGUUUACAGUCACACUCUGGUCGUUUUACUGGAACAUCACGCUGCAGCAAUAACGUAACGCAAAGUCAGGGUCUCGUUUGUGAGGGUGGAGACACUUGACGUGAUCUUUCAAGACCACGUCGGGUUUGUUUUUCCUUUGCUUCCUCCCAACCCGGGGGAGGGGGUGUCGGGUUUCCCGAGAACAGACGGACCGAAACCCGGAGGAGCCGGUGUAUGCCUGCCUGCGCCACCAUGGCGUCCGACAUGGCCGAGACGUGGAGAAACUGUUUCGAGGAGGAGCUCAUCUGCCCCAUCUGCCUACACGUCUUCUCUGAGCCCAUCCAGCUGCCCUGCAAGCACAACUUCUGCCGGGCUUGCAUCAGCGAGGCAUGGGCCAAAGACUCCUCUCUGGCCCGCUGCCCCGAGUGCAACCACGCAUACACGCAGAAGCCCAACCUGGAAAAGAACCACAAGCUGUCCAACAUCGUGGAGAAGUACAACGCCCUCAGCGUGGAGAAGGCCCAGUCGCCGCCGCCGCAGUGCAUCCUGUGCCGCCGCGGCCCGCCCCUCCCCGCUGUCAAGGUGUGCCUGCGCUGCAACGCGCCCUGCUGCCAGUCGCACGUGCAGACGCACCUGCAGCAGCCGUGCUCUGCACUCGGGCACCUGCUGGUGGAGGCUGAGGCCGUCAAGGCGUGGACGUGCCCGCAACACGACGAGUACCGACUGUACCACUGCGAGGCGGAGCAGACGGCGGUGUGCCAAUACUGCUGUUUUGCACGCUGCCACCCCAGCCACGGGCACGCUGUCGCCGAUGUGGAGCUGCGCCGCAACGACAUCAGACAAAGCCUGCUGAGGCAGCAGGAGCGUGUGGAGGAGCGCGUGCAAGAGAUCGAGGAGCAGCUUUGCAAGCUGGACUCUGACAAGUGUGUGGUGGAGGACCGUGUGUGUGAGCUGAAGGAGGACGUGCGCCUGCAGUACCAGCGCAUGCACCAGCUCCUGGAGGAGGACCUGGUCCGCACCCUGGAGGCCCUGGAACGGGCCCAGGCUCGCUUCUGCCAGGAGAACGCUGCCCAGGUGCUGGCACUGGGCGAGCAGCGCCACGAGGCCCAGAAGCUGCUGAGCUCCAUUAACACGGCCUUCGGUAAGGCGGAGGAGCUGAGCUUCAUGAAGAACACCAAGCCCGUCAAGAUCCUCACAGACAGGUCUCAGGUGUGCGUGGGAAGCACCCUGCCCCCCUACAAAGUCGGGAAUCUCAAUGCCAAGCUUUUCCUGUCCGAAAUCACCAAACGAGAGAAGAGCUUGAAGAGAACGCUGGAAGCUCCCCUCACCCCUCCCUCCACCUUCCUGCAGUCCGUCCCGGCCUACCCGAGCGGCCAGAGCUCCGCCUCUGCAGGCGAGAAACGGAAACAUUCCACCGCUUUCCCGGAGGGCGGCGGGAACGUGGGGAAGAACGCCACUCCGGGCUUCAAAGAUGCCCCCUCCUCCUCCUCGUCCUCUUCCUCAUCGCUAGCGAGCAAGCAACCCUACCUGGGCUCCGCCUCCUCGUCUGCUGGAGAAGGUCAGUCCACCAAUCAGCAGGCUCUGGGGCCGUGCGGCCCGCCUCACAUCAACGAAGGCAGCGGCGGGAGUGCGGGAAGCGGGAGCAGCUCAUUAAGCAGCCACCAUUCCGGCGCCGUCUUCAGCUCUUCGCACUUCCCCCCCGGGGGUGGCGGGGGCUCCUCACACUCUUCCCAGCAGGCCGUGCUGCCCCAGUACGGCGGUCGCAAGAUCCUGGUGUGCACCAUGGAUAAUUGCUACUGUUCUGGGGUCGCCUCCGUGUCGGGCCACCGCGGACACCCGCCGUACUCGCGCUCAGGCUCCUUCCCAUGGGUCAGCGCCCAGGACUACCCGCCGCCCCCCGGUCUGGCCCCUGGGGGGCCGUCCAUGCAGGGGCUGGCAGUGAGGGACUGGAUAGACGCCUCGCAGUCGCACAGACACGCUGACUUCUAUGGGCUCUACGGGCAGCCCUCCACAAAGCACUAUGUCACCAGUUAACACAGUCGUCACUCGCGCGCGCGCGCGCGCACACACACAAACACAAACAUAGAUAACACACAUUCAAAAAACAAUGGACUCCUAUUAAGCCGUUAUAGCCUACACACGUUUAAACUAAUGUACACACACACACACGUCUUCAACAUAUAUACACAUUCGGGGGCAGGGUCGAUGUGUUUUUCUUUUUUUCUUUUCACUAAGUCUUGUACGAAGUGUGUUAUGUACGUUUUAAGCAAACAAAAAAACUUCUAUAGAUCCCAACGCGUUCCCUCCCGCACUGCUUGGCAUUUUACGCGUUAAAAGCAAGGAGGGAGUGAGAUUGGGGGGGGCGGGGCCAAAGUGGGUCAAUGUAUUUUUAUUUAUAGCGCUUGGGAGAUGAAAAGGGACUUUCAUGGCAAAAUCCUCCAUGCCCCCUCCAAGGAAAGGGACAAAAAGCAGACCCCCCCAAGUUUAGCGUCUCCAGCUGUACCGAGGUGCGUUGCCUUAAGUUGUCAUGACGUCAUCCUUUAUUUGACCGUGUCGUCACCUCGUGUCAUUUCUCAGAAUCAGGGAAGGAUGGCUCUUCCACAGGAAACACCCACAAUGCGUGUGUGGGAGGGGGAGGGAGAACUGGACGCUUUGGUAUCUUUUUUUCCCCUCUCUCUCUCUCUCUCUCUCUCUCUCUCUCCAUGUUUCCCAAAAUCUUCUGAACAGACAAUUUUUUUCCCCCGUUAAUUUGACAUACGUUCAUGUUUUUUGCUACAUGUUUUUCCCCCCACGCUCGUCUUCAGAGACUCAUGGACGGUAAAAGUGACAAAGACGAGAGCAGCAGCAGACAGACCAAACCAAUCAAGCGUCGCCAAGAGGAGCGGACGAUGCUGUUAAUGUACUUCCUUCAGGGCAACGAUGUCACUUCCUCUCAAUAAGCACACGAGCUCUUGGCUUCCCGUUUGCAGCUGUAAGCGUGCAAAGGAAGAGAUUUUUUUAAGCACUCGGAAGAAUAGGAUUUUAAAAAAACUGUAUGCAGUUUUAAAAAGAAAAAAGGUGGUAGUUUUUUUUUUCAUGACUAUUUGUAAAAGACUGGACUGCAAGCAAUGGUGGCCAUUCUAAAUAGAAGCCAUUAAUGAAGUCGACUUAAAAAAAAAAAGGACAAAAAAACAACUUGAAAGUAUCUUUUUUUGUAAAUAUUUUGUGAAAUGGAAAAAUGACAGACGUGAUUUUGGAGGGGAAUUCCAAAUAAAAUUUAAACGGGCCCCGCUGUCAACUUUACUGCCUGAUGGUUUUUAUUCUGGGAAGUAGUGCUGUAUGUGCGAUACCACUGAUUUGAUGCUGAGUAAAAUUCAGCUCAAACUGGUAUCAGCGAUACCGAUACUUUUGUGCAAACACAUCUAAUGUAUAAAUUUUGCAAAGUAGUUUGUUUCUUAUUAUAGCAUUAAGAAUACAAGACAUACAAGGCACGGUGGUCUAGUGCUUAGCACGUUGGCCAAUACAGGAACAGCCUGAAGAUCUGGGUUCGAUUCUCUCUUGGGCAUUUCUGUGGGGAGUUUGCAUGUUCUCCCCGUGUGCGCAUGGGUUUUCUCCGGGUACUCCGGAUUCCUCCCACAUUCCCAAAAACAUGCAGGUGAGGUUAAUUGGUGACUCUAAAUUGUCCAUAGGUAUGAAUGUGAGUGUGAAUGGUUGGCGACCAGUCCAUGGUGUACCCCGCCUGUCGCCCGAAGUCAGCUGGGAUAGGCUCCAGCAUGCCCCCGCGACCCUCAUGAGGAUGAAGCGGUAUAGAAAAUGGAUGGAUGGAGAUUUAAUGAAUUAAAUGAUUUUUUUCAUUUAUUUAAAACCUUAUAGAUAAUAUGCAACAACAGAAAAACAGAACCACCAAAAUGAAAAUGGUAUUUUAAACAAAAGAAAAAAAUCAAACUUUAAAUAUUAAGAACUACUAAGAAUAAUCACAAUUCAGACAUGGUUCCGUUUACGAUUGGUCAUUCUUUCAACAGACAAACGUUUCAAACUACCUCAAGUGACUGAAAUAUCGCAAGGAUCGAUGUUACAGCAUGAAGAGCUGGUAUCUGAAGUACCGUUAUUUCAGUAUCGAGCUGCACAUCACUGCUUGAAAGAAGCUAACGGAAUCGUAAGUGUUUGUGUUUUUGUGCUCCACGUGUUUGCUGCGUUUUACAUCGUGUAAUGGUAAGUACUGUAUAGAUACAAGGUCUCUUUUAGAUUAGGAAAUUCCGCCUCUGCAAACAUAAUGAUGCUCCAUUUUGAGUUACACCGUAAGAGAGCUAUUUCUGUUACAAUGAAACCUCAGUGUGUUUUUUCAGUUAACGUCACGAAUUUACGCCAAAAUCUUGCCUUUGUCGACAUCCAUUUUACAGUAUGUACAUAUUGUCGUGUUAUUAAUACACUGCGUGCGUCCAACUGUGUUCUUAUAUUUGUUUUAAUCACAAAAUGUCCUUAGCUUGUAACGGAGAAGCUGGCUUGCUAACAACCUGAAGUCAGCUACGUUGCCGUCAAUGAUGUCAUUAGCGUUACUUCCUGUUUCUGUAUAGCUAGUUUUAUAUGCCGUUGUAAAUGACGAAUGAAAAGGAUAAAUGAACAUUUAAGGUUAUUUUUUACUGUCAUUGAAGACUAGUGAUGGCUAUUUUUUAGAGCGUCGGCUCCUCAGCUUUUGUUGCCUUAAUUUAUUACGAAAUUAUGUGUAUUGUGUAAAACACUAAUGUCGAAAAUACAUGAUAUCAAAUGUUUAUUUCAAUGGAUUGAUUUAAAAUCAAUGAACAGCUACAAAAUUAUAAUGUACAGUGUUACCUCGCUCUAUUGCUUUGCUUUUGCGGAUUCGCGGUUUUGCGGAUUUUUGGGGGGCUUUUUUUUCAAUUACAACAUAUGAACGCUGUUACAAGCAGUAUCUGGCCUUUUAAGAAUAAUUGCAUUGUGGGAACUUGAGUGUAUCUCUCUUUGUCUGGACCGCCCAUUGUUUUCUGCGUCCUGAUUGGCUGUAGACCAUUGUCAAUCUCCUUGGUGCCGCCCUCCUGGUGUCUCCUGUGUCAUAGCCACUGAUCUGUACUAAUAAAUCUGGAUAGGCCAUUGGUCAAUGACUUGUGAAGCCACGCGGCCGCCAUAUUACCACUCACAAGAAACACUUGUCGACAAUGACUUAUGAGAGAACUUGUGAGUUGUUAAGUCUGUUAGUUUGUUACCCACUCACACUAAAUGCAAGGUUAGUCCUCAGACUAACCUCGCACAACAGGUGUGCUUGAGCUUAGUCAUAAGGACUCGGGUAUGAUCAUUUAAAAAAAUUCUGUCGAUAUCAUACCAUACCUGAGUCAUAACGGCUUUACAUAGGGGGCUGUGGGGGACAUGUAAACAAACAACCGCGACUAGACUACUAAAUAAUUUGCGGUUGCUUGCAAAUAUAAAAAAAAUAGUUUUUUUUGUUGUUUACCCGAAUUUCAAAUGAACCCCCAUAUGGAGACAAUGUUUAUAUAUUAUUACAUUUUAUAUUACAUAUUAUUCCUGUGGUUUUUGUUCAAAUAUAUUUCUAUAUCAGAAAAGAGGUUAUUUCUAUUUCAUAACACAAACAAAAAAAUCAGAAAAAUGUUAAAUGAUUUUAAAACAUGUCCAAAGUCACUCUCUUUUAUGAUUCAUAUUUUGUACAGACGAGAGCAAAGUGAAUUGUAUGAAAGUAAGAAAAAACAGUAAAGGAUCAUGACCAUGGAUUUGUAGUUAAAAUGAAAAUCUCUUUCUAGAGGAGUAAAACUAUCAUUGCUAUAGGGGAGUGCUGAGUCAGGGUGCAGAGUAGAAUUUUGUCCCAAAGGCAAUGAGAAUUGGAAGGGUAAAAGUACAUUUAAUAUAGCCAAAAGAUAGAGAAUAACGUAUCAAAUGGUUUUUAAGGGACGAAGGUUGCGUUACUUGAAGGAAUGGGAGAAUCUCCCCGCUUUUUAAUGUAAAAUAUAGAUGUUCUGCGAGCCUCUUCAUCUGCUUUGUACACUAUGUACGCUGUGCCAAUGUAAUCUACUACGUACGAGAUGUGAGUGGUAAGAUGGCCUCUCUGUGGCUUCAGCGGCUUGCACGGGCGCGUGCAACGUAUGAGCUAUCUAGAUUUAUUAGUACAGAUCAGUGGUCAUAGCUAGCUUUCUUGCUUGCUUGCUAGCCUGUAAAUUAAUCUUCAGUUCGAAGGAGGAGUACUGCAACAAUAUAUUUUAAUAAGGAUACAGAAACGCUACAGUACAGCAGAACGGCACCAGAACAAAAAGGCACGGCCACAGGGGUGAAAUACGAGUAAGUGAUAAUUUCUUGAGUCCGACCUGUUGGUUGAUCAGUAAAAUUCAAACGUAGGUUUGAACUUUUUUGAGAGUGUUUGAACAAGAGAGACAUUUGAGAAAAUGUUAUUGCCUGUCUGAGAAAAGUGUAUAAAGUGUAUGGUGAGGGGGUUUACAGCCUUAAAAUCUAUAUAAUAAUUGUAAAAAACUUAAGUUGGCUACUUUGCGGAUUUCACUUAUUGCGGGCUAUUUUGGGAACCUAUCCCGCGCGAUAAACGAGGGAAACCUGGAAUGUUACAUUAUAAAAUACAAAAACAAACACCCAUCUCAAUAGAAAAAUUAGGGCAAAAUAGGUCAGAUCUCUUCAUGCCAAUUUCUCACGAAUGAAUCGUCUCGAAGAGCACCACAGCGUGUUUAACCUCGCCCCUCCCCCAGCUCAUCUUGAAUAAUGACAUUCGCCUUUAACAGAAAAAAGCUUCUGUCGCCUGCUCUUCGAGGUGAUUCGUUCGCGACCGACACAUCACGAUUGAAGACGUGAUUUAUGACGUGAGUGUCCCCAACAUGGACCCCAUCUUCAUGUUUUGUCAAGAGUUUUUUCCUCAAUUCAUUUCCAUCUUCUUUAUGAAAAUGCUGGCACUUGAAACUUUCUUUGGCUCUGUUUUGGGUUACUGAGAUGAGAAACACAAUAACUCGUGGCAAAACAGGAAGAUGGCGGUGGUUGAUCUCACUGCCACGUUGCGUCUUAGGGAACACUCACAUCAAGCUUCAAUGAAGGCAAAAGUAACCUUAAAUAUUCAUUUAUCCAUUUAAUUCCUCAUUUCUAUGUAUUUAUAACGAUAACUGUAAAACUAAAAACAGGUUUUAUGCGAACAUUUUUGGCUGUCUGGCAUGGAUUAAUAGGAUGGGGGGAAGAAGUCAGACCUUCUGGAAUGAAUGAAUGAAUGAAUGAAUGAAUGAAUGAAUGAUGUUAACCAAGGUUCCACUGUACUUUAGCUACUUUAGUACACAAGGGACAAAAUAUAAUAUGACAUUAUUUUUUUUUUGUCUACUUAAUAAUUUUUGUCAUUUUUAUGGCCUUUAGUAAAGACCAGUUAUCUCUUACCUUAUUUAAUUUUAUAAUUUUUUUGCCUGUAUUCAUUUCUACCUCAUCAUUUUUGCAUUAUUUAAAUAUUUUUAUUGCCUUUACUGGAAAACAGGAAAACAUUUGUUUCUUUUAUUUUUUAAAAAAUUUUAUUGCCUUUACUGAAAUCCAAUCAUUUAUUUUACCUUCUUAUUCUUCAUUAUUCUAUUGUGGAUUUUAAAAUAUUUGUGUUGCCUUUACUCAAACCCAAUUAUUUUUACCUUUUAAAUGUGUGUAAAAUAAUUACAUGCAUAUAUAUUUAUAUAUGUUUAUUAUACAUAGCAUAUUUUUUACAGCAUGUGAUUUUUCUGUCGGUGACUCACUAUCGCCCCGUGUGGCGUAAAGUGGUAUAACAAGGCCAUCUCAAUCACGCGGCUCAAUUUCUAUUUUCCAGUCAUUUAUUUUGUAGUCUUCCUACGACUUAUAAACAACAUUGCCCCGUCCUGACAGAUAAUUACAUCACCUUUGAUGGCUUGCAUCGAUAUCCCAAUUAAAAUGAGUGCACUGGAUGUGCUUUCAAACACACCUUUUAACAAAAAAAAAACCUUCAUUUUUGGUCCCACCUAUGUCCCCACCCAGAAACAUAUGCGGCACACACACAAUUUUUUCCCACUCUCCUGACAUUCUCCCACGCAUGUGCACACAGCUGUUGUGCAGCUGCUUGAUGCAACGGAGGACGUGCAGAUAAUAUGGUCGCCGCCCACCUCUCAAGUUUGUAUUGUCAACCUGACAGCCGUAAAGGAAAUGAUUGUGGGUGGGGUAGGACAAUGGGUGAUUGACUUGGUCAGCCUGUUUGUUGUCUCAUGUGAAGGGGAGCAAGGCAACACAGUGCUCUCUGUUGCCCCUUGAGGCGAAGAGUAGUAUUACAGCCACAUACAUUUUUAUUCUAAAUGAUUUAUUUAAUAGUAAUGGAUUGAGUUUUUUUCUAACAUGCAGCAGUUUUUAAAGUUUACUGUUACAGUACGUAACAAUUGGAGGUGUCCCCCAUACCUUGAAAAAUUGAUUUCUUUCUGCAUAUUUUGAGAAAUUUUCUUUUUACUCUGUCUCUCACUGUCGGAACCAAAAGGAAAUCAAUUUGUUCUGCUUUUGACAUAACUCAUGUUAGCUUAGCAUAAAAAUAGCAUGAAAAAUGACAGCAAAGAGCUGUGAUGUUUUGGACUAAAUGAAAUGAGGAAAUGACUUUUUGCUCAAAACUACCCAUUAGCUAAGCUUCCAGCAGCUGCAUCUCAUCAAGUGAGUUUGUGCUGCAACACGUAAGGCAGCGUAAAUAACGUUUAGUUCUACUUCUCACAGCACUUGGAUCAGCAUUUAGCAUGUUGAUGAGUGCGUGAGGACGACACAAAGAGAAUCUUUGUGAGAGAAAGAUGAGGCGGAUGAACGGCCCUUCCUACACUCUAGUCUACAUUUGACCUGCAUAAUGCGAAACAAAGCACCGCCGUGGAUAUGAUGCAUUUUUUGUGUGCCUUUCCUCGCUUCUAGUGAACCCGAGGCCCGGCAGCUGUCGCCCACAGAGACCUCUUGACACGGGGGCUGCCGCUGACACCUGCUCCCACGCACCGUUGAGCAUUAAAACUCUGCAAACGUUCCGUUCUGCUUGGGUUUUUAUUCACAUACGGUACCUUCAAUUCUGGACAGAUGACUAUGGAGAAUAUCAAAAGGAAAUGCUGUCAGUCCCCCCCCCCAAAAAAAAGCAUUAACCUUAAGAUAUGCAAACAUUCCAGACUCCAAAAUGUGCAUCACUGUCACAAUGAAAGCACAGCAGGCUCACGCUAUUUACAGUGGAUUAAAAAUGCCAUUCUUCUAAUUCAUAAUUUAUACAUAACAUGUACAGUAUGACUGUUAAGGGGGGGGUAUGUGUGAAAGCGCUCUACCAUAAAUAACACACUUACAAAAAUAUACCUCACUUCAAGCAGAGCCUUUUUUUUUUUUUUAAA